AAAAUGAGAAAAUAUAAGUUGGGGUGACCGUUUGAGGCCUAGAUUUCCAGACUGGUGUCUAAUUAGUCUAAAUUCCAGCUCAAAGCUCUAAAGAGAGAGAAAGAGGCAGGCAGGCUGUUUUGUUGGUUCAUUCAUGCUCCUACAAAAUCAAGCAAAGCAAUGGAAAAAACAUAGUUUCGGAAUAUAAAGGAGGCAUCGAGAUCUGCGUUUACAGAAAACUCCUUUAGCUUCACGAACAAGCAUCAAGUUGCAGCAGUGAGCUCCCUCUUUCUCUUCUCUCUCUUUCUCUCUCUCUCUCCUCUAAGAUGAACGUUAAUCUCUGCGUUGCUGGCGAAUCUUAGAAUUAGAACCCACCUUCUGCUUUUUAAUCUUUUAAUCUUUUUAGCUGCGUGUUCAUGAAGAAAUGCCGUUAAAGCUCGUUCAGCUAAUAAGGCAUUAAACACACUCAUUUACUCACUCUCACUCUCAUUCUGCUCAAGCUCAAAGCUUCCGCAUUUCGAGCUGUCUUUGAACUUCGGUUUCAGAUUGACCGUUUCUGCAGCUCCAAUGGUCCGUCUUCUCUACUCUUUCUUCAAUUUUUCAGGCUGAAGCAAUGACUUGGAUGAAUUUUUGCGGCACGCAUUGUGAAUCUGAAUGGGCAAGCUUAACUACCAGGGAAGAAGAAAGAUUGCUGAGAUCACUCUCAUAGUCUUGACUCCUUAACGGAUUUCUCAACAAACAAUACUAGAUGAAGCCACAUUUGUUUUGUACAACAGUAAUUCUUCUCCUUUCCCUUCGCCGAACUAUAGCUGACCUCAAUUCAGACAAACAAGCCCUUCUUGGCUUUAUUUCUGUUGUUCCUCAUGGUCGAAAAGUUAACUGGGAUCCUGCUAACGCAGUCUGCAGUUCUUGGGUUGGCAUCACUUGUACUUUGGAUGGCACCCGUGUGCUUGCUGUCAGACUCCCAGGUGUUGGACUGUAUGGUCCAAUUCCAGCAAACACUCUUGGCAAGCUGGAUGCCCUCAUUGUCCUUAGCCUUCGGUCUAACCGCCUCAGUGGGAAUCUUCCCUCUGAUAUUUUCUCCCUUCCUUCCUUACACUACAUAUACCUUCAAAACAAUAAUUUUACAGGUAAUAUUCCCUCUUCUCUGUCUCCCAAUCUCACCUUGCUUGAUUUGUCUUUCAACUCCUUCACCGGCAACAUUCCAGCCACAAUCCAAAAUUUAACACGUCUCACUGGACUGAACCUCCAGAACAAUUUCCUCACUGGAUCUAUUCCUGAUAUCAACAUUCCAAGGCUUUUGCAUUUGAAUUUGAGCUACAACCACCUUAAUGGUUCAAUUCCUCCUACCCUCCAAAAAUUCCCUACUUCUUCCUUUGAAGGAAACUUGAUGUUAUGUGGACCACCACUGAACCACUGUUCUUUGAUCACUCCCUCACCUUCACCAUCCCCCAGUCUUCCACCACCAGGGCCAAUAGCCCCCUUGAAACCAGAAAAUGGAUCAAAGAGGAAACUUAGUAUGUGGGCUAUCAUUGCCAUUGCAAUUGGUGGUUUUGCAGUGUUGUUUCUCUCAGUUCUGGUGUUAGUGCUGUGCUGUUUGAAGAAAAAAGACAGUGAAGGCAGUGCUGUAGUGAAAACAAAAGGCGGAAGGAUUGAGCAGCCAAAGGAGGACUUUGGAAGUGGGGUGCAAGAGGCUGAGAAAAAUAAGCUGGUUUUCUUCGAAGGCUGUUCUUACAAUUUUGAUCUUGAGGAUUUACUAAGAGCUUCGGCUGAAGUUCUAGGAAAGGGAAGCUAUGGGACUACUUAUAAGGCCAUCUUGGAGGAGGGAACCACAGUGGUUGUGAAAAGGAUGAAAGAAGUGGUGGUGGGAAAAAGGGAGUUCGAACAGCAAAUGGAGAAUGCGGGGAGGAUUAGUCAGCACUCAAAUGUUGUUCCUCUUCGUGCUUAUUACUACUCCAAAGAUGAGAAACUCCUGGUUUAUGACUACAUUUCAGCUGGCAGCUUCUCAGCAUUAUUGCAUGGAAACAGGGAAACUGGACAGAAUCCACCAGACUGGGAAACCAGGUUAAAGAUUUCCCUUGGAUGUGCUAAGGGGCUUGCCCAUAUCCACUCUGCCAGUGGAGGGAAAUUCACCCAUGGCAACAUCAAGUCCUCCAAUGUCCUCCUCACCCAGGACCUCAAUGGCAGUAUCUCAGAUUUUGGCCUAGCUCCUCUCAUGAACUUCGCAACUAUACCUUCCAGAAGUGUGGGCUACCGAGCUCCCGAGGUGAUUGAAACUAAGAAGUCCUUUCAAAAAUCCGACGUUUAUAGUUUUGGUGUUCUGCUCCUUGAGAUGCUGACAGGCAAAGCACCAGUACAAUCACCAGGACGUGAUGAUGUUGUUGAUCUUCCAAGGUGGGUUCAAUCUGUUGUUCGAGAGGAGUGGACAGCUGAGGUGUUUGAUGUAGAGCUAAUGAGGUAUCAAAAUAUUGAAGAAGAGCUGGUACAAAUGCUUCAAAUAGCAAUGGCGUGCGUGGCAAGGGUGCCAGACAUGAGACCUACUAUGGAAGAAGUGGUUAGGAUGAUCGAGGAAAUCCGGCCACCAGAUUCUGAUAACCGACCAUCAUCCGAGGACAACAGGUCUAAGGACUCAAAUGCUCAGACCCCAUGAGGGCAUGGCCUUGCCCCUGUCAAUAUUAUUAAACCUCUGCCGUAUAUUCGCAAUUGUGUGAUUCUUUGUCAGGUCCUAGUACUACUGUAAAAGCUUAGCCACCUCUUCCCUCUCCCUCCGAUUAGUAUGACAAAGAAGUUUCCAAACAAUUAUGGCUCCAAUGGAUUGAGUGAUCUCAUUAGCAUUUUUGGAUGCUUUGAUCCUUUAGAACUCGCAUGAUGUAAUUUUUGUAAACACAAUUGCAUGUACUGAAAAUUGUUCAAGUGAUGUUUCUGAUUGUUUUGUUUGUCCGUAUUCA